ACUUUUGGAUCCACACUUGCAGGUCGGGCUAUUGUGUACAGUGAGCCAGAGAAGAAGGUGCUGUCAAGAUCCGGUGAUGAAUGUGUUGUAGCUUUGACAGAACAGUGGUACAUUACAUAUGGGGAAUCAGAAUGGAAGAAGUUAGCUGAGGAAUGCUUGUCUAGCAUUAACUUGUUUUCUGAUGAGACAAGACAUGGAUUUGAGCAUACUUUAAGUUGGUUGAACCAGUGGGCUUGCUCACGAUCAUUUGGUCUUGGGACACGCAUACCAUGGGAUGAUCAGUUCUUAGUUGAGUCUAUAUCGGAUUCCACUAUUUACAUGGCUUAUUACACCAUUGUCCACUAUUUGCAAAAUGGUGAUAUGUAUGGAUCCACUGAUCAAUCUGUUAUUAAACCUCAACACCUGACUGAUGAUGUUUGGGAUUAUAUUUUUUGUGAUGGACCUUUCCCCAAGUCUACCGAUAUUUCAUCAUCACUUUUAGACAUAAUGAAGAAGGAAUUUGAGUAUUGGUAUCCAUUUGAUGUUCGAGUUUCUGGUAAGGAUCCCAUCCAGAAUCAUCUUACUUUCUGCCUUUACAACCAUACUGCAAUUAUGUCCAAGCACCACUGGCCCCGUGGGUUUAGAUGUAAUGGGCACAUAAAGCUCAAUAACAACAAAAUGUCCAAGUCUACUGGAAAUUUCAGAACUAUUCGCCAGACAAUUGAAGAGUAUUCUGCUGAUGCUACACGACUUGCUUUAGCUAAUGCUGGUGAUGGCGUUGAUGAUGCCAAUUUUGAAUUCAAUAUAGCAGAUAAGACAAUUAAACGACUCACUAAAGAGAUUGAAUGGUAUGAAAAGAUUUUAGCUGCAGAAUCUUCUAUGACAAUCGGUCCUCCAUCUACUUUGGCUGAUCGCGUGUUUGCCAACGAGAUUAACAUUGCUGUCAAAACAACUGAGCAAAAUUACUCCAACUACAUGUUUCGAGAAGCUCUCAGGACUGGCUUUUAUGAGCUUCAGAUUGCUAAGGAUGAGUAUAUAUUCUCAUGUGGGGUUGAAGGUUACAAUCGUGAGUUGGUGUGGCGGUUUAUGGAUGUGCAGACACGUCUUCUAGCACCUAUCUGCCCACACUAUGCAGAGUUUAUUUGGAGAGAGCUUUUGAAGAAGGAGGGUUUUAUGGUGAAGGCAGGCUGGCCAACUGCAGAUGUUCCUGAUCUUACACUGAAGAGUUCCAAUAAAUCUCUGCAUGAUUCUAUUAUUCGUAUAAGGAAGCUACUUCAGAAGCAACUUUUAGGUUCAGAGUACAUGGUGACUGCAGGCUUGAUAUAUGUAAAUGAACAUUUAGAUGAUUGGAAAGUGGAGUGCCUGAACAUUCUCCGGAACAAAUUUAAUAGAGAUACUCGAACUUUUGCUCCGGAAUCAGAGAUAUUGGAGGCUUUGGAACAUAGGGGUCACUCUUGUCAGCAAUGUAGGCCUUUCUUGAAUUAUAUGAAGGGUAAAGCCAAUGAACACGGGGCUGAGGUGCUGGAUUUGAGAUUCAGUGAAAUGGAGGUUCUUAAACAAAACUUGGACUUGAUAAAGAGACAGUUAGCUCUAGAACAUGUGGAAAUCUUAUCUGCAGCUGAUGCCGAUUCUGUGGCUAAAGCUGGAGAUUUAGCUAAUGUACUUACCCAAAAUCCUUCAUCCCCUGGAAAUCCAACUGCUGUCUUUCUCAAAACCAAGUCUGAGAAAAUUGAUUAGUUUUAAUUUUGUUAUUUUGAUUGUUAAUUUGUGGUUAUAGCCGACUUCACUAUGUGAGAUAAGACUUUGGUUGUCAUUGAUUAUUAAUUAGUGGUUGUUUCAUGUUUGUUAUUAUUGAGAAACUCAAGUACUCAGCACAGACA